GGGGCGGCCGGCAGCCCCGCGGGCCCCUGGGCCCUGCCCGCCCCGUCGCUCGGGCAGAGGUCACUGGCCCGGCGGCCACUGAGUCACCGGCCCGGGGCCCCGCGGGCCCAGCCCGGGUGGAGGGCGGCCUGCCCAGCCCGGGGGACGGGGAAGGGGCGCGGCGGGCGCCCGGCAUGGCCCCGGGAGUCCGCGGGUGGACCGGGAGCGGGCGGGGGGAGCGGCCUGGCCUGCAGCGCUGCCCGGCGACGUUCGGCUGCCCGGGUCGUCCCGGAGCUCUGGGCUCCAGGACCGGGGGAGCGGGGAGCGCUGGGGCUGCCCCGGCCCGCUGUAGGGCUCCAGCGGGCACGGUCGCUCUCCGGAGGUGCCGCUCCAGAGCGCGGAGGCAGGGGCGGGCGGCCAAAGCCCUUCUUUCAGGGAGAGAAACCCGGGCCUCGGGGUCCGGCGCGAACCGCAGCUGCUGAGUUGCGUCAGGGGCCUGGAAGGCGAUAGAGGGAGAAAAAGGGCUGGGGGAGCCGCUAAGGGCGAACUGCGUGGGGGCGUCAAGCUCCAGGCAGUGUCCGUGGGCGUGGGAGACGGAGCGGGAUCUUGGGAGACUCUUCCCUCCCCGCUGUGCGGUGCCGUGGCUCAUGGAAUGGGGCUUGAACCGGGGCUCGGCGGUGGUUUCUACCCACGCCAGGUGAAAGCGGGUUCCUCCGGCCAUGCAGGAGGCGAGACACGAGUUCGCUGGGGCUCACCCAGAAGAGGAACCAGCUCUCGGCUGCGGGCACCUGGCGCGGCAUUUCUCAUGAUGUUUGUUUCUGUGCCGGGCCACAGCGAGAGAAGGAAGCGGCCCCCCUUCCGCCAGUCAGCAGCACGGUGUGCUCUGGCCCAGGGCCACCACCCCGCAGGCAGGGAGGAUUGAUCCCGGCGCGGCCUAGGUGCGGCCGCUGAGCCGCCAUGGCUGGCGUGUCCCUGGAAUGGGCUGUCUGCUGCGCCGGGGGGGAGGCGGGGCGGUGGCAAGCCCCAGUGUGCCGGCAUUGCCCAUGGGACCUUCAGGUGAGGCCGUGGCCACGCUGUUCCGGGUCGGAAGAGGUUCUCACCGUUUUUAUUUUCUGCCGCUUGCAGCCCGCCUGUCUGAUGCCGCAUUGGAAGCGGAGGGUGCCGCUAUGGAGCGCAGGGAUGGAGGCCACGCUCUGUAUCCACACGUGCCUUUGGCUGAGUGCCGCCUGGAUCCCCCUCGCCUCAUCAGACGGACUGGCCUGCGGCGGGGAGCACGCUGCCGGCACUGACGCCGCCCGGCAUGGCAAGCUGAUGUGGGCUGUCAGCUUGGAAGCUCCUGAGGAGGAACUGGAACAGCGGGCGGAGGAGCUGGCCCGGACCGCGGGGCUGGUGAACAUGGGCCGUGUCGGGGAGCUCAAGGGCCAUUACCUUUUCACCUACCAGCCUGAUGGCCAGGCGGCAAGCGAACCCGAAGCAAUAAGGAGGUCGGUGGACACUUUGUUUGCACAGCACGACAGCGUGCGGUGGCACUCAGAACAGAAGCUUCUGAAACGCUCCAAACGCAGCCUGCACUUUAACGAUCCCAAAUACCCCCAGCAGUGGCAUCUGAACAAUCGCAAGAGCCCCGGGAAGGACAUCAACGUCACAGGCGUCUGGGAGCGGAACGUGACGGGGCGCGGUGUGACGGUAGUGGUGGUGGAUGACGGCGUGGAGCACACCAUCAAAGAUAUACAGCCAAAUUAUAGCCCGGAAGGCAGCUACGACUUGAACUCCAACGAUCCCGACCCUAUGCCUCACCCUGACGAGGACAAUGGCAACCACCACGGGACCCGCUGCGCUGGGGAGAUUGCUGCCGUGCCAAACAACAGCUUCUGCACAGUGGGAGUUGCGUACGGGAGCCGCAUCGCAGGCAUCCGAGUGCUGGAUGGACCCCUCACCGACAGCAUGGAGGCCAUCGCCUUCAACAAGCACUAUCAGAUCAAUGACAUCUACAGCUGCAGCUGGGGUCCAGAUGACGAUGGGAAAACUGUGGAUGGCCCCCAUCAACUGGGAAAGGCUGCCCUGCAGCACGGCGUGAUAGCGGGUCGCAGGGGCUUCGGGAGCAUUUUCGUCGUGGCCAGUGGCAACGGCGGGCAACACAGCGACAACUGCAACUACGAUGGUUAUGCCAACUCCAUCUACACUGUGACGAUAGGGGCGGUGGACGAGACGGGCUCCAUGCCGUUCUAUGCCGAGGAAUGUGCCUCCAUGUUAGCGGUGACCUUCAGCGGCGGGGACAAGAUGAUGAGGAGCAUCGUGACAACAGACUGGGAUUUGCAGAAGGGCACAGGCUGCACGGAGGGUCACACGGGGACGUCUGCUGCUGCUCCCCUUGCAGCUGGGAUGAUCGCGCUGAUGCUGCAGGUGCGGCCGUGUCUCACUUGGCGAGACGUCCAGCACAUCAUUGUCUUCACUGCCACGAAGUAUGAGGAUCGUCACGCGAAGUGGGACAUCAACCAGGCUGGCUUCAGCCACAGCCAUCAGCACGGCUUUGGCUUGCUGAACGCCUGGAGGCUGGUUAACGCUGCCAAGAUCUGGGAGUCCGUCCCGUACCUCGCCUCGUACGUGAGCCCUGCACUGAAGGAGGGCAGGAGCAUCCCCUUACUCCCGCAGGAGCUGGAGGUCGCCUGGAACGUCACCACCACCGACCUGGAGCUCUCCGGCAUGAGAACCCUGGAGCACGUGGCAGUCACCGUCACCAUAACCCAUCCCCGCCGCGGCAACCUGGAGAUCAGGCUCUUCUGCCCCAGCGGCAUGAUGUCCCUGAUAGGGACCACCAGGAGCAUGGACUCGGACCCCAAUGGCUUUGCUGACUGGACCUUCUCCACGGUCCGGUGCUGGGGUGAGGAAGCACAGGGCACGUACAGACUGGUCAUCAGGGACAUCGGAGACGAAAGCCUGAGGCCUGGGACCUUGAAGCAGUGGCAGCUGACCCUGUACGGCUCCUCCUGGUCCCCAGCAGAGAUGAAGGAACGGCAGAGGCUGCUGGAGGAAGCCAUGAGCGGGCGGUACCUGAGCAGUGACUUCUCCCUGCCCUGCCCUCCGGGGCUGGAGAUCCCCGAGGAGCAGCGCUACACAAUCACAGCCAACACCCUCAAGACCCUCCUGCUGUUGGGAUGCUUUGCCGUGUUCUGGACUUUCUACUACACGCUGGAGGUUUGCCUGACCAGGAACAAUGUGGGGCUUGACCUGACCUGCAACGGCUCCACCGCCUGCAGAUGGUACCAGCAGGGAGGGAAGCACCGAGCCCUGGAGAGCGGCCUGGAGAUGGAGUCUGUCCCGCUCUACCGGGAGAAGGACAUCGAGGACGUCGAGAUGGAGUGUGAGCACCCGGAGCCUGCCCAGGGGGAGGAGGGCUCCUGGACCUCCACCCACCCCAAAGUUCCCAGCAGCGGCAGAGCCGCAAGCUUCCACGAGGCCGCCCCCGCCGGAGCAGGGUACCUUGGCCGGGAGGUGACGGACGAGCUACUCUCGGAGGACAGGGAGCACCAGACCUGCUAGCCAGGGGUUUGGGCCACGUCCCUCCCUCCCACUCGGUACGUCCUUCCCCAGCACGGGCGGCAGAGACUUCCUGAGCCACCAGGGACCGUCGCCCUUGGGUCCUGUGGCAGGCGGUGUUGGAAGUGGCUCGGAAACAAGGAGAAAGAGUGCUGGCAGCGGAAGGGGAGCUUCCCUUUCCCUCGCUCUGGAAAACAAAAGCAAGCCUUAAACCUGUUCCUAAUGGACCCUGCCCUGCAGCGACACUUGGGGCUUCCCUUUGUGUGUGGGGCUUUGCUCCUGGGUGCGUGGCGGCCGUGGCAGAGCUACGCACAGAGUCCCCUGUGCACCGCGGCUCCCACGGCCUUGCAGUGCAGGGAAGAAGUGUCGCUUUGUCCGUCAUUUCUGCAGAGUGAGCCUGGAAAACGUGGGAGAGCCCCUGGCAGCUGCCUCUGCAGGCAGGGACCCCACAGCACUGUCAUUUUCCUGCGCCACUGGGCUGGAAGCUGACCAGUACACACCAGUUAGGCCCAGCUUAGAAGCAGGGAGUCGUUUUGCGCAUCUCAAACCAGCACUUGCUCCCUGUCCCCUGUGCUCUGACCCCACCACCUCCUCCUUGUCGACCACAGGCACACAAGCGGCCCCGCAGUUUGGGAGGCGGAAGGCAGCAGGACUUUCUCGACCCUCCUGCUUGGGAGGGGGGCAGGAUGGGGCUGUCCCUGCUGCAGCGGGGGGGAAGGAGCACCUCUGGCAGCAGGUAGCGUGGCAGCACGAGCUCACUGCGGCCGCUUCCCCCGGUUGCCUCCCCGCCGCUUGCUGGGGCGUCACUUUGUGCCCGGGAGGGACGAGGCCGUGGGUGCUGCCUGCUUUGGGCCGGAAACCAGAGAUUGAGUUGCUCUGGCAGUGGCUCAUCUGCGAGCGGGGUUGGCUUGUUCAUGUGUCUUUGGGUUCGUUGGUUUAUUUUUUUAAAGCUGGGGUUUGUUUUUUAAUCAGCAAAGCCCUUUUGUGUAGCUUUCCAAAUAAAGUCUUAAAAACCCUC